AUGUCUGAUUCCAACACAACCGACUUCACCAACCCCUCCACCUUCAUCCUGCUGGGCAUUCCUGGCCUCGAGAUGGCCCAUGUCUGGAUCUCCAUCCCCUUCUGUACCAUGUAUAUCAUAGCCAUCUUGGGGAACCUCACUAUCCUUUUCAUUGUGAAGAGGGAGCCGAGCCUCCAUGGGCCCAUGUACUAUUUCCUCUGCAUGCUGGCCAUCACUGACCUGGUCCUGUUUACGUCCAUCCUGCCCAAAAUGCUGAGCAUCUUCUGGUUCAAUUCCAGGGAGAUCGAUUUCAGUGCCUGCCUCAUCCAGUUGUACUUCAUUCAUGGCUUCUCAGUGAUGGAAUCUGGGAUAUUUGUGGCCAUGGCUUUGGAUCGUUAUGUGGCCAUCUGUGAUCCCCUGAGACAUUUCACCAUUCUGACAAACUCUGUGGUGGCCAAGAUUGGCCUGGCCGUGGUGCUGCGUGGCUGCAUACUCGCACUGCCCUAUCCCUUCCUGGUGAAGCAAUGGCCAUAUUGCAGAACCAACAUGAUCCCCCACACGCACUGUGAGCAUAUAUAUGUGGUGAAGCUGGCCUGUGCGGACAUCAGCAUCAGUAGUUAUUACGGCCUCUUUGUGGCAUCUUUUGUGACAGGUACGGAUGUGAUUUUUAUCGCCGUGUCCUAUACCCAGAUCCUCAGAGCCAUCUUCAGCCUCCCCACAAAGGACGCCCGGCUCAAGACCUUUGGAACUUGCAGCUCCCAUCUCUGUGCCAUCUUAGCCUUUUACAUCCCAACUAUCUUCUCCUCCCUCGCAUACCGUUUUGGUUUCAAUGUGGCCCUGCAUUUCCACGUUCUCUUUGCCAACGUGUACCUAUUGGUGCCACCCAUGCUAAAUCCCAUCAUCUAUGGGAUGAGGACCAAACAGAUCCGGGGCAGGCUGCUCCGGCUCUUUACGCAUAAAGGAGCUAAAGUUUUCUCCUGGUGCCCUGGCUCUCAGACCAAGCUCCGUGCAGAGCUGUCUGGUAACAUAGUGCUGGACCCUCUUCCCUGA